AAUACCAAACUGAAGUACAGUGAAGAGAUGUUCUUACAAUUUAUAAGCUCUUUGCUAUGCUCUAGCUUCAUCCUUAACUGUUCCCAUGGAAACAACAUCCAGUCUUCUGCACGUCACUGCUGUGUUUUCCAUUGUCGACAUAACAUGCUGCUAAAAGGAGACCUGCCUCGUUCCGUGUAGUAAAAACCAACCACAAAUGGACCGCAGUUUGAAGCGCCGGCAGGUGAAGCCACUUGCUGCCUCUCUCUUAGAUGCCUUGGAUUAUGACAGCUCAGAUGACAGUGACUUUGAAGUGGGAGAUGCCUCAGAGUCUAAAGCCCUGAUCAUACUCCAGGAUGGAUGCGCCUCUAUACAUACAACCCAAUACAAUCAGGGUUCAGAUGGCACAGGCAAUGGCAGUGAUGAAGAAGGUUCUAAAGCGAGUGGUGCAGGUUCAGAAAGUGACUCGGACAACGCUGGUUCGGCAGACGAUGGUAUAGAUGAGGAGGAGGCCAAAGACCUGGCUGCUGACGACAACUUAACGGAGGAUGAAGAAAAGAACAAACAGCAGCCUUCCUCAGACAGCUCAACCAAAGACAUCCCUGCUGUCACCCCAAUUAAAGGCCGACGCAAGAGCAGGAAAACAUCAGAGCCUGAGCCUGCUCCAGUUGCUGGCACUGCCUCAACUUCAGGGUCUGGCAGCGUGAAUACUGAGGAGUGUCAGGCUGAGCCCAAGAAAUGGAAUUUCCGCAGGAACCGUCCCUUGUUGGACUUCACCACUAUGGAGGAGCUGAAUGAGAUGGAUGACUAUGACAGCGAGGAUGAUAAUGACUGGAGACCCACAGCAGGGAAGAAGAAAGGCAAAGCAGCCACCCAGAAAGGAGGCACUGAAGAAGAGGAUGGUGGCAGUGCUAGUGAUGAUGAUGACGAUGAUGACGACGAUAAUGAUGAUGACGAUGACGAUGAGGACAAUGACAAUGAAGAUGGUGAUGACAACAACAACAACAGUAGCAGUGAUAGUGACAAAGAGGUGAAGAAGCCCAUGAAGAAGGCUAAGAACACUAGUACUUUUGAUGAGGAGCUGACUAACGACAGCAUGUCCCAGGGAAAGGGAAAUGAGGAUGGCUUGCUGGACCGGUCCCAGACAUGGAGUACUCAGCACAUUCUCAUCUGCUGCGUCUGUCUGGGAGACAACAGCGAGGACGCAGAUGAGAUCAUCCAGUGUGACAACUGUGGGGUGACUGUGCACGAAGGGUGCUAUGGCGUGGACGGCGAAAGCGACUCGAUCAUGAGCUCAGCUUCGGAGAAUUCGACAGAGCCUUGGUUCUGUGACGCCUGUAAGAAUGGAGUGACUCCCAGCUGUGAGCUCUGCCCCAACCAGGAUGGCAUCUUUAAAGAGACGGACGCUGGGAGAUGGGUGCAUGUGGUUUGUGCACUUUAUGUUCCUGGAGUAGCAUUUGGAGACAUUGAUAAACUACGACCAGUGACACUCACAGAAAUGAAUUAUUCAAAAUACGGGGCCAAGGAGUGCAGUUUCUGUGAAGAUACCCGUUUUGCCAGGACUGGUGUGUGCAUCAGCUGUGAUGCAGGAAUGUGUCGGUCCUACUUCCAUGUUACCUGUGCACAGAGGGAGGGACUUCUGUCUGAGGCUGCAGCAGAGGAGGAUAUUGCAGAUCCAUUUUUUGCAUACUGCAAACAGCAUGCAGACCGCUUUGACAGGAAGUGGAAAAGGAAGAAUUAUUUAGCCUUACAGUCUUACUGUAAGGUCUCUCUGCAGGAGAGAGAGAAACAGCUUACACCUGAAGCUCAGGCCCGAAUCACAACUCGCCUGCAGCAGUACAGGGCAAAAGCAGAGUUGUCCAGGAACACCCGGCCUCAGGCAUGGGUGCCCCGGGAAAAGUUGCCGAGACCUCUGACUUCUAGUGCCUCAGCCAUCAGGAAGCUGAUGAGGAAGGCGGAGCUGAUGGGCAUCAGCACUGACAUUUUCCCUGUGGACACAUCCGACGCCAACACCAGUAUGGACGGACGCAGGAAACACAAGCAGCCUGCCCUAACAGCAGACUUUGUCAAUUACUACCUGGAGCGGAACAUGCGAAUGAUCCAGAUCCAGGACAACAUCUCUGAACAGAAGAACUUAAAAGACAAGCUGGAGAGCGAGCAAGAAAAACUGCACGUAGAGUACAACAAGCUCUGUGAGUCUCUGGAGGAGCUGCUGAAUGUGAAUGGAGAGCUGCGGAGUGAAGGCCAGGCCAUGUGGACUCUGCUGGGGGGCAUCCUGGGCCAGAAAUUAAACACUCCAGCUGUUCUUAAAGCCCCAAAAGAGAGGAAACCUAGCAAGAAGGAGGGAGGACCCCCAGGGAAGUCAUCCAGCCUACCUGCAAUCCUCUAUAGCUGUGGCAUCUGUAAGAAGAACCAGGACCAACAUCUGCUAGUGCUGUGUGACACCUGCAAGCUCUACUACCACCUUGGUUGCUUGGAGCCACCACUAACACGCAUGCCCAAGAAGACCAAGAACAGCUACUGGCAAUGCUCCGAGUGUGACCAGGCCAGCAGCGAUGAGGCCGAUAUCGCCAUGGAGACGCUACCUGAUGGCACCAAGAGGUCUAGGAGGCAGAUCAAAGGACCAAUCAAAUUCAUCCCACAGGAGAUGUCACCAGAGCCCAAGAAACAUCAAGUGAGAGGCACGAGAACCAGAGGACAGAAGAGGAAGAGAAUUCCCAUCUGUGAAGACAAAGACGAUAAAAUUGAGCUGUUCAAUAGGAACCACUGCCACGGGAACGCCGACAACGGCAGUCUGCAAUGCAGAAAAAACCCAAAGCAGAAGACACAAGGACUGAGUGUACAACCUGCAAAGGACCCGGCGACAACGAAAACCUAGUGAGGUUGUGAGAGCCGGGGCAGCCACCUCACCUCCCAUAAAAAGUCGGGACAGAUGACCGUUGGCUUAGAGACAGAGAGAGGUAAAUUGAGGCGUUUGAAGAAUGGCGCUCGGGUCAGGCUGAAGAACGAGACCGUCACGCCGCCCCACAACGAACUCUGUUCCAAACUGGACCAACAACUGUCCAAUGAAAACUGAGCUGAAAUGUCUGAAUCUGAUUUAUGGAAUCCAAAGUAUGAAAGGUUGCUUUGAGCUAGUAAUGUUUGGUUAAUGUUGGACUCUCAACUGUUUGUAUACACUACGAGUAACUUGGUUGAUUGAAUAUUCUUUUUAUUUAUUUUUUUAUUUUUUUAUUCUUUACAAUUGUGGCUCGAGUUGCAUCUAUGCAAAGGUCCACAUAUACAACGUUAUGACUAAAUAAAAAAGGGUUAUCUAUUUACACAGUUCAUGUCUUGAAACAUUUUGGUGAGUAAACACAAUACUGGCCUAUGUAGCCCAUGAAAUAAAAGCUCACCAUCGACCCAAAUGAUAGAUGCAACUGUUCCAUAUAUAUCCUUUAUUAGACACUGAGUCCUGUAAUCUUCACAAGGUCCAUGGAAUGGCAUCAUUACUUCCUUAAUGUGAUGUAUUUUUAUUUUGAAAUAGGAUGUUGGGGCAUUACAUGUGACAGAUAGGGAUCAAUUUUAAGUAUAAACCAGGGGUCUAUCAACUAUGGGAAGAAGUCAGAUUGCUAUGGAGUCCAUUUAAUCUGAUAAGACAGGCAGAAGUUUUAUAGUUACAGUAUACCCACCAGUGCAACAUUAUGUCACCAUUGAAGGUGCACUGGUUUCCAUGUAUUUUGCAGUUUUCCAGGAAGAUCAAGGGCCCAUUUCAUGGGAUCUUUUAGACUGCAUUCAAAUCUGGUUGAUGUGCAUAAUGAAUUGGUCCAAGGCUGAUGAGCUUCUUGAUUGCUCAUAUGACAGCUAAGUUUGUUUGGCUUCUUCAUUCUGUUGGAAACGAGCAAAAUACUGUUGGUUUGUUGAUCAUGUUGCUCGCAGUGGAGAAGCACAGGAAAAAGCUCAAGGAGCUAUAAAAGUCAUACAACUGCUGCACUCUCUGCGAUAGUUGACUAAUGCAUCAUCUGAUUUUGGAAUCCCAAAUUAUUCCUCUCUAUGCCUCUAGGUGCUCACCUGAGUCAAACAUUGUGAAAUAUUUUAGAUCAACAGAUUUUUUUUCAUUGGUACUAGGCUGGUGCUUUGGACUUUUGACCUCCCUGUACAACUUCUCAUUAGCGCCAGUCAGAAGUAUUGAUUCAGGUCAUCUGCCACCCAAUCACUCUUAAGAAUUUCAGUUUGAGUUUGGUUAUUUGCAACGCAGUUGAACCUAGGCUUUCUCAGAUAUGAGUGUUGUGUUGUGUUUUUUAAGUAAGUGGAGGACCAGAAGUGUUUAGAAAAGUCAGUGUUGUUUAUAGAAAAGCCAACUGUUUCUGGUCUGUCAACUGUAGCAGUAUAGUAAUGCUACCAUAAAGCAUUUGUAGUAGAAACAAACUAGUGUAGUUAGUGGUAAUAGCACUUAAAUAUUAGUCCAAAUGUCUGUAGUGUCUUUAGGCAUUUAGAAGUCUUCCUCUGUCUCCAUAACUUGAAGUGACAGUUAAACUGACACGUCAUAAGAAAGAACCCCAGCUUUGUCUCUAUGUCCCUGGUGGCCCAUAGUCAGUGCUGUCAAAACAACAGCUGCUUGCUACUCUGUCAGAGCUCAUGACAAGUGUCACAUUCUGCCCUCAUGUGUCACUCUGUUGCCUAUCCAGGGCCCAAUAUGAAUGCUUUUGGGAGCAGUCAGACCCAUUCAGUUUUACUGCUUUUUGCCUCUCUGGCAUGUGUCCACAAACAACACCGCAAUGGGUUUGUCUCUUGAGAUGAGAUCUCAGUGCAGAAUGACUUGCUGACUCCUGACCAGUUCUUUCCCAUCACUCAAACUCACCCAGUCUCAAAGACUGCGUGUCAGUUCACUGCAUGACUGUAUCUAUUUACCCAGAUCUGUAUACUAAUUAAAAACUGAAAAUAAGUGAUGUUGUCUUGUAGAAUUUGAAUGCUACGUAGCUAUGUAGCGUGACAAUGUGUACAGUAUUUAUUGAAGAAGCCAAACAUAUUUCUUUUCUUUUUGUGACUACAUACUUGAUUAUAUAUCAUAAGCUUGUGUUGUGAACAGAGUUGAACUCUGAUUUGUGAUGUAGUCUUGAACUGACUACCAUAUUUUCUUUUAAUUGCCAAACAUAUGUUUAGCUUUGUUCACAGACAUGCUAUUAAGGGAAUAUUUCAUAUUAAUUGUGUACUGUGUUACUGCGAUACUGUAUGAGGUAAGAAUAUGAAUGUUGCUGCUGUUGUGUAUGUAAAGUGUCUCAGCCUCUGGCCUAUAGCUCUUGAAAAUGAAG